AUGGCCAAAAAAGAAAUUUUUGAUACUGAUAAGUUUUUUCUUAUUACUGACGAUAAUACAAAUCUUACAGAAAUAAAUUCAAUAAAUAAUAAUCACAAUGUUACAUUAAUAAAUGAUAAUAUACCUGAUAACACAAAUGAAACUGCAUUAACCCCAUCCCAAUCACGUAUGGCAAAACGACGAAAAAUUGAAUAUCUUGCUAUUAUGCUUCACUGGGUUAAUGAAAACUGGAGCUCAUCAAAAAUUUUAUUAGAUAUGGUAUCACUUCAUAAUGGAAGUUAUAUUGCUGAUAAAAUAUUUGAAACAAUUACCUAUUAUGGUUCAAAAAUUCUUACUAUAAUAACAGACAACGCAAGAAGUAAGGUUAUAUUUGGAAAUACAUUAAAUGGAAUACUCCAAUCUAAUUAUGGCAAUUAUGAUUUUGAACAUGUUCGCUGUGCAGCAUAUGUGCUGAAUCUUGCCAUUAGUGAUAGUAUGCAAGUUGUUGUUAAUUCAAUUACAAAGUUACGCAAUUCUAAUAAUUAUUAUUCACUGAUCACAACUCAUUUUCGAAGAGCUUAA